ACAAAGCGGGGGCGAGCCAGAGAGAGAGAGAGAGGGAGAGGGGGGGAGGGCGAGAGAGCGGCGCAUGCUUCAUGAAUGAGUCCCCCACCACCGCGCAGCAGGUCGGAUCCCGAUGCCCCCUUUGGGUGCGCAGACCUGCGGGGAAACGGAAGAGAAGCCAGCGGCUGCUGGGCCCGCACAGUAAACACUCGGCACCGUUUUCUUCCCAUUCAGGAACAACGCGACUGGACCGGGCACGAUGCUUGAUGGACUGCGGCGGAGGCACGCCUCCCGGCCCUCCACCAGACCGCUGUCACUCAACUUCAGCACCUUCUCUGCCCCUCCCCCGAGCCCAGACAUGGACAGCAGUAGUGAGCAUCCAAUCAGGAGGACUUUGCACCGGCUGAAGUUGAUGAGCUCCCCAAGCCUCAGCGACCUGGGGAAGAGCGAGAAAAGUUCCCCAGAGGACAGAGGAGAGAAGCAGAAGAGGGCGGGAGCCAACGCCACCUGGAACAGUAUCCACAACGCUGUCAUAGCAGUCUUCCAGAAGAAAGGUUUGGCAGAUAACGAACUCUACAGCCUCAACGAAGGUGUCCGGCAUCUGUUAAAGACUGAGUUGGGGUUUUUCUUCACAGAGUACCUUCAGAAUCAGCUGCUGACAAAAGGCAUGGUCAUCCUUCGGGACAAAAUACGCUUUUACGAAGGUCAGAAGUUACUCGACUCCCUGGCAGAGACCUGGGACUUCUUCUUCUGUGACGUCCUCUCGAUGCUGCAGGCCAUAUUCCAUCCGGUUCAGGGUAAGGAGCCCUCUGUCCGACAGCUAUCUCUGCUUCACUUCAGGAACACCAUCGUCCUGAGUGUGAAGUUAGAGGACGCCCUGACUCGACCUCGGGCCCGUGUGCCUCCUUCUGUUACACAGAUGCUGCUUAUUCUACAGGGGGUCCAUGAGUCGCGCGGGGUGAACGAGGACUACCUAAGGCUCGAGGCCCUGAUUCAGAAGGUGGUCUCGCCCUACCUGGGCACGCACGGGCUUUACUCUGAAGAUGGUGCUGAGACCCACUGCUGUGUUCUGGAGAAGCGGUUGCCGUGGGGCUGGUCCAAGUCCGCCGAUCAGCCGUCUAAAAACCCUGUGGUGCGAUCGAAGAGCUACAACAUCCCCCUGCUGCUGACCCCGGUGGCGGAGUAUGACCCAGAUGCCGGUUCUGUUGGCAGUGGAGGAAUUCGCCGACACUCGGCCUGUGAGAUUAUAACAUGCCUGGAAGAACAAGGACUGGCCUACGCUGACUUGGCCUCAGGGUCUGAACCGUCUGGCCCCUCCUCCAAUAGGCUGCGUGUGGGAUCUCACUUUAACGGAGCUCUGCACGGCACUGAGGCCACAACAACAAUGACUAAUCUCAGUAAGGGGGCAUGCUCCUCGCCGCCCAGUGAAUCAUCCAGCCCUGAAACCAUAAUUGGACAAGUGCUUGAGUCUGCAGACUCCAGCUCAGAUGGCAUAUUUAUUGAUUUCCCCCCCCACUCUCCAGAGGCUACGGAGUACUGCCGCGAGAGCAGGCAGAGCACAGUGUAGCUGUGGUGGCCUUUUUGGAUGCAAAAUAUUAAAAUACUACAGCUAUAUUUCAUUAAAUUGGUACCAUUUUACUUUUUUACAAGUCUAUUCCAAGUGCUUUCAUUGAUGAGUGGAAACCUCGCAGCUCUAAAAUGUCAACUUUUUUAGAAAAUAUGGAUUGGUCCAAAAAUAUACAAAGGAAAUCCUAGUGGAAUUAUUAUUAUGUUGGGAAUGUUUUACCAGGUUCACAACUCAAUAUAUAUAAUAUAUUUUGAGCUUUUACAUUUUUACAUUAACCUGAAUAACUCUAAUUAUGAUUAUGGGGGGAAAAAUCUGAUGAUAUAUAUAUUUCUCUUAUUGACCAAGGAAUUCUUUGGGAAUACCAAAAUCAACAAUGAAUUGAGCUCAUGUUUUUUUUUUUUUUGCCACCACCUCCGUUCUUUCCUUAAAUCUCGUAUCCAACACCUACCACACAUGUUUUUUCAUUUUGAGACACAUAGCUACUUUAGUCUAUUUGGAAUCAAUCCCACAUUCAAAUUGCUGGUACCAGGUAAUCGGCUGGAGAUGCACUAUUCACUGCUGUUACGUGUGCUAAAAACACAACCAAAGACUUAUUCUGCUCCCGUGAAUUUGUAACGACUAGUUUGGAACCCAAUUUCAAAGAUGUAUGUCUUUAGUGGAAAUGAGUUUCACACUCUGGGGAAAUCAGAACGUAUUGAGUGAUGGACAAAUAAAUUGAUGGUUUUGGUCUUUUUCAUGACAUUUGUUGACAAUAUCUAAAUUAUCCCAUAAAGUCAAUAGUAUGCUUUAAUCCAUUGAGGAGAUAUCCGUCACAAAGUUAGAGUUCUGAGGUUUCCAAACAGCAUCCGUUUCUUUCCUCUACUGAGAAGAUGGCUGUUAACAGCCCCCAUUUAACUGGAAAAGUGACAUGUGACGAUGUACAAUAUUUAUCAUGGAUUUGUUUUAUAUUUUGAAGCUCAUAACAAUUUUAUAUUUGUGUUUUUUUUGUUGUCUGACUCUUGGCAGUAACUCAAUACUGAGGUCUUCUGCUCUCUUUCGUGCGAUAUCUUAAGAAAAUGUGGAGCGUUGAAUUGUUUUUGAUUUGUGGGACGGUGUCAUAGAGGUUAAAUACCGGUCUGUUCUUAGAGCGAGCAUCAGUGUGGCACCAUGUUCUUCUCUCUCUGUAUUAGCUCUGUACAGCAGGACUUUGAGGAAUGACUAUGUUUAUUGUUUACAUUUGAUAAAGACGUGAACAUUUUGACUGAAUGUCGUCUCACACACUGUAUUUUGCACCACCUCUACCUUGGAAAUAAAAAUGCAUUGUUGGCUUUUAGGACAGCUAGAUGGUGUAAAGUGAGCUUUUACCUUUAAAUGCAUUGAAAUUUUAAUAAGGGCUUUUUAAAUGAAUCUUUUUCAAACAAUGUUUUACCUCAAGCGUUUUGUACUUUUCUUUUUUGACCAUCUAUAAUGUCUAUGGAAUUGUACUUUGUAUUAAUUUGUUAUACCAGCCCAGUAAAAAUUAAAUAAAUUUGAAUAGUAUUUGAAAGAAUGGGUUAUCUCCUCCUAUUUCAAAAUAUAACUUAAUUUUAAAUAUAGUACUUUCCCUGAUUCAAGUUGCUUUUUGUAUGUAUGAGUAGCCACACAGACUUCUGGUGUGUUUGGUCAGUAUAUGGCCUAUAAUAUGCAGCCAGGAUUCUAGAAAUGAAAAAACCCGCAAAUGUACCUCAGCCUCGGACUUUUUAAGGGAAUUCUGACCAGCCACCGUUCUG